GGGCUGUGGAACUGCUCGUUCAGCACUGACCAAUGCAGCCUUUGGACAGGGCAGUGGACCCAUCUGGUUGGACGAUGUCAGUUGCUUUGGACAUGAAUCAUCAAUAACAGAUUGCAGACAUCAGGGGUUUGGGGUCCACAACUGUGGUCACUUUGAAGAUGCCAGUGUUGUUUGUGAACUUCACCCACUACAGCCUUUUCAACUUAUUUGUGACCGAGAUAAACUCCAAGUGGGGCUGGAUUUGGCUCGCCUUACAUCCUCUGGUUUGAACCCGUUCUCUGGCAAUCUGGCAUCCUACAACUGCUCCUGGGUCAGAGUGCAUGAUGGUUUAGUGUGGUAUGAAGUGGACGCAACAGCAGGUGCCUGUGGAAACACAUUGAGGACCAACAGCACACAUGCCGUCUACUCCAAUAUUUUAUUCAUCUACCCAAUGAACAACACGUCCUUCAUCAUUCCUUUGAGUCUUCCCUUCUCCUGCGUGUACCCCCUGGACACAGACACCAGCCUCAAUGUGGCUAUCAGACCAUUUCUGCCGCUGGCAGCUGGCAUUUCAGGCUUAGGUACCAAAGCCAGAGCCUCCAUGUCUCUGUUUCGCUACUCCAACUACACUGAGACUUAUCCAGCAGGCCAUGUCACCCUUCCUGUGGGCUCGCCAUUGUAUGUGGGCGUCUCUGUGGAGGAGAGAGAUUUAAGCUUUGCAGUUGUUCUGGAGGACUGCUACGCCACACACUCAUCAAACCCUGACGAUUCCAUGAGACACCCUCUCAUCCAGAACAAAUGUCCCACUGACCGCAAACGGGUGUCAGUGAUUGAGAGCGGCUCAUCCCUCCAGGCUCGUUUCUCUGCCCUGUUCUUCCUGCUCCACAAUGAUUACAGGGACGUUUACCUUCAUUGCAGCCUCAGCCUGUGCGAACGGAGGAGCUUCUCUUGUGUUCCUCCUUGCACAAGAAGGAUCUAUCGCUCUGUUUCCAACUCUGAUCGUCUGAGUACCCUCAGCAUUGGACCAAUCAUGUGGGACAUGUCACCUGAGUGAGCUGGCAACAGUAAUAAUACAAACAUAUUUCAUAUUGUGAUAUUAUUUAGUUUUUAAGAUAUGUUUUGUUCAUAAGACAUAAGAUAUUCAAAACUGGUGUUUUCAAUUCUAAUGACUUGGUUAUGGUUGGGUUAUUGAAAAAGGUUAUAAUGAAAGUGAAGGUACCAAUACUUUUCUUCCUGUCUGUGUGAAUUACCACUACAGCCCUGAUGUAACUGUAUUUUUUUGGAAAUUACAAAUUCUAUUUUUAAAUGCAUUGAUUAUUGUUUAGAUCCAAUGACAGAUUGUUUAUAUUGUGGUGUAAACCGUGCAACUGAUGUGUGAAUGUGGCAUAAAAUAACUCUGUACCUUGAUGAUGGAAUAUGCAGUAGUUCACAAAUAAAAUGUUAAAAUGG